UGAAUCCAAAUACCAAUGGCUAAACAAUAGGCCGACACCCUGUUUCCAAUGUGUUUGGGCUCCCGGACACCUCCCACUACUUAUACUCGAUCUUAUAGUGAAGAUGUAUCCUUCGACAGAGCAACAUGGCACCGAUGAUGAUGAAGGUGGGGAUGCUCUUGUUUCUUGCGCUUUCGAUCCAAGCUGCAGCACCUCGAGAACAAGGAAAAGCUUGUGAAAAUAGGCAAAAUGGUGAGUUCACAAAGGUAACUGCAAACAACUACAAAGAGACGAGCGCCGUGACCAAUGAAGAGGAGCUGUACGACUGCUCAACUACACAGACGACCUCGGGAGUCCUGAGGUGUCUGGAGGGGCAGUGGACGAAGUGCGCCCGGGUCUGCGGUAGGCCAGUUAGCACCGAUGCCAAUGCCUACCUUGAAAACAAAGAGACCAGCUUCGCCCCUGGAGUCAAAAUCCGCUACUCGUGUGCCGUUGGAUAUGCUCUGUCCAGGGGCAAUCGACACCGAAGAUGUUUACCUAAAACAUUUACAUGGUCGCCUUUAACCAUAAAAUGUGAACGCAUUUCAUGUGGCUCUGCUGGAGAGAUCCUGAACGGAGAGGUCAUCUAUACUGGAGUAGAAUUUGGACACACAGCCACAACAGUCUGUGCCGAGGGACACUUGCUGGUGGGAAAGGCCAACAGGACCUGCUUGAGUGGUGGUUGGGACGGACGUCCAGCCUUUUGUGAAGCCGUGCAGUGUACCAAACCAAAGACCAACACAGAGACAUUGGGCCCCUGGAAGGCCUCGUACGCGUACAGACAGGCCCUGGUGUUCCGCUGCCGUCGGGGCACUCUUGUGGGCCCAAAGGCCAUCUCGUGCAGCGAGAACGCGACCUGGAGUGCCCCCCCUCCCGUCUGCAAAGAUGUUGAAUGUCCUCGUCCAAACGUGCCGCACUCGUCCCUGUCAGGGUCGUGGCGCCCACCGUUUAGGUACAGGUCCUCGAUGACCUUCUCAUGCGACCCUGGCUACGUUCUGGUGGGCCAGGCCUCCGUGUCCUGUAGCCUGGAGGGGAGAUGGACCCCCGCUCUUCCCCAAUGCAUUUAUGUUGAAUGUCCUCGUCCAAACGUGCCGCACUCGUCCCUGUCAGGGUCGUGGCGCCCACCGUUUAGGUACAGGUCCUCGAUGACCUUCUCAUGCGACCCUGGCUACGUUCUGGUGGGCCAGGCCUCCGUGUCCUGUAGCCUGGAGGGGAGAUGGACCCCCGCUCUUCCCAAAUGCAUUUAUGUUGAAUGUCCUCGUCCAAACGUGCCGUACUCGUCCCUGUCAGGGUCGUGGCGCCCACCGUUUAGGUACAGGUCCUCGAUGACCUUCUCAUGCCACCCUGGCUACGUUCUGGUGGGCCAGGCCUCCGUGUCCUGUAGCCUGGAGGGUAGAUGGACCCCCGCUCUUCCCCAAUGCAUUUAUGUUGAAUGUCCUCGUCCAAACGUGCCGUACUCGUCCCUGUCAGGGUCGUGGGGCCCACCGUUUAGGUACAGGUCCUCGAUGACCUUCUCAUGCAACUCUGGCUUCGUUCUGGUGGGCCAGGCCUCCGUGUCCUGUAGCCUGGAGGGGAGAUGGACCCCCGCUCUUCCCCAAUGCAUUUGGAAUGGAUAUAGAUUCAAUGCAUAUGGAUAAGACCUUUCACAACAACAUUUCUUAUCCAACCAACCAUCAAGAGUAUAUAAAGUCACAAUUUCAGCAGAAAAGUAGCAUAUUUGGCCUUGAUGGGAGUAGCAGUGUCAUAUAUGCAAACUAUGUACUUCGCCUUCCACAAAAUCUUUUGUGAUACAAUUAAAUGUUUGAUCAUCGGUCAUCUUUGGCAAUAAUAAACAGAAUAUAUUAAGAUGAA